AGAGGACCAUGUCCUCCUGACAGUCGUCGGCGUGGAAAAAAACCCAAACCCAACCCAAACCAAACCAAACCAAAAAACCAAGCUAGGUGGGCGCUGCGCUGUAAGCGAGGUAUCCAUACUGUGUGCCUGCCUCCUUCACACUGGCCGUGACGUCACGACCUUCGAUGGCGGUUGCAUCCGGUUUGGGUCGGUUGUCCUGGAGACCGAUACACAGAGGAACGGAUCCUAGUGCAGGCCUGGAGGUGGCGGAGGUCCUGUUAUCUGCGGACCAGCUGCACCUGGCGGACUAGCUGCACCAUGAGCCAGCGGCAGGUGCUGCAAGUGUUCGAACAGUACCAGAAAGCCCGGACGCAAUUCGUGCAGAUGGUGGCGGAGCUGGCGACCAGACCCCAAAACAUCGAGACGCUGCAGAAUGCAGGUGUAAUGUCUUUGCUGAGGCCUCUUCUUCUGGAUGUGGUCCCAACAAUUCAACAGACUGCUGCCUUGGCCCUGGGGAGGCUGGCCAAUUAUAACGAUGACUUAGCGGAAGCAGUUGUGAAGGGCGACAUUCUCCCGCAGCUUGUCUACUCGUUGGCGGAGCAGAAUCGUUUCUACAAGAAAGCAGCUGCCUUUGUGCUGAGAGCAGUUGGUAAACAUUCUCCGCAGCUAGCCCAGGCCAUAGUUGACUGUGGAGCUCUAGACACACUGGUGAUAUGCUUGGAGGAUUUUGACCCUGGAGUCAAGGAGGCUGCAGCCUGGGCACUUGGAUAUAUUGCAAGACAUAAUACAGAAUUAUCUCAAGCUGUGGUGGAUGCAGGAGCAAUUCCUCUUUUGGUUCUCUGUAUCCAGGAGCCAGAAAUUGCUUUGAAAAGGAUUGCUGCCUCUGCCCUCAGUGAUAUUUCCAAGCAUUCUCCAGAGUUAGCACAGACAGUGGUGGAUGCUGGAGCUAUUGCUCACUUAGCCCAGAUGAUCCUCAACCCUGAUGCAAAAUUGAAGCGUCAAGUCCUUUCAGCUCUCAGUCAAAUUGCAAAGCAUUCUGUGGACUUGGCAGAGAUGGUUGUCGAAGCAGAGAUUUUCCCAGUUGUGCUCACCUGUCUGAAGGACAAAGAUGAAUAUGUGAAGAAAAAUGCUUGUACUUUAAUUAGAGAGAUUGCAAAACAUACGCCCGAGCUUUCUCAGCUGAUUGUUAACGCAGGAGGUGUGGCUGCUGUGAUCGACUGCAUCGGGUCCUGCAAAGGGAACAUACGGCUGCCUGGCAUCAUGAUGCUGGGUUACGUGGCCGCUCACUCUGAGAACCUGGCCAUGGCGGUGAUCAUCUCUAAGGGUGUACCCCAGUUGUCAAUCUGUCUCUCAGAAGAACCAGAAGAUCACAUUAAGGCUGCUGCCGCCUGGGCCUUAGGACAGCUGGGAAGACACACGCCAGAGCACGCCAGGGCUGUGGCGGUCACAAACACGCUGCCAGUUCUGCUCUCUUUGUACAUGUCACCGGAGAGCUCCGAGGACUUGCAGGUGAAAAGUAAAAAAGCCAUAAAGAAUAUCCUUCAAAAAUGCACCUACCUCCCAGCCCUCGAGCCGUUCCUGUAUGACGCACCUCCCAAUAUCCUGAAACACGUUGUCGGGCAGUUCAGUAAGGUGCUGCCGCAUGACAGCAAAGCUCGGCGCCUUUUUGUAACUAGCGGAGGACUUAAAAAGGUCCAAGAGAUAAAAGCGGAGCCCGGCUCUCUCUUGCAGGAAUACAUCAACAGCAUUAACAACUGUUAUCCAGAGGAAAUAGUACGAUACUAUUCACCUGGAUACUCAGAUACACUUCUGCAGAGGGUGGACAGCUACCAGCCACUUACCAACUGAAGAAAGCAUAUUUUUGUACUCCUCAGUGUCCCAGGAGAGUAUGAAUAAUGAUUGUUAAAAUUCUUUGAAAGUACAUUCUAGCUUUAUUCAAUGUGAGAUACCUUUAGAUAAUGUUUUCUAAGUGUGUGUGUAAUAGUUUAAGAAUAAGUAACUGGAAUAUAUGAAGGACUAGUCAUAGUCAUUUGCAUGCAUAGGAAUUUCUCUAACAAUAGACUUAAAAAGACAUUAUUAAAAGGUUUAAAACAUUUGUUAUUGUUCUGCUGGAAACCACACACAAACACACGCUCCAACGAGCUGAGAAAUGCUGUUCAGCAGUGCUUAGGCGAUUUUAGCCAUUUUCUAAUACCCACAGCUAAGGAAAACUUGCCCUUCAAGUUACACAGAAGCAUCUAGAGGGAAAAGACCUGAAAGGUGAACCUGAUGACAGAGGCCAAUAACCUGGAAAGAGGCUCCGAUGCUGGUCACUUGAACACACGGGACUAACGCAGAAGCUGGAGAGCCUGUUAGGUUUCACAAGAACUUAGGCACAUUCUUCUCAUUCCCACCAGUUAUGAAGCUCUUUUCCUUCACUCUGGGGUUCCUCACUGAAGGGUUCCUGGCAUUACAUUCUGGUAUCUGUGCUCUUCAUUCCUCUUGAAAAGUUUCUUAUUCGUGAGCCAUACUCAAGGAUAAGACAUGGAAGAUUUGCCUCCAUUACUCCCUUGUCCUGGGUUCACUUCACCCAACUUCAGAAGUCAUGUUUUCAGGGAUUUAAGUAAUUUGAGCAGAAUACAUCAGACUCAGACUUUAUAGACAUUUUAUGUUAGAUUCAGUAAUGGGGUCAAAGAAGAUUUUAAUAAAAUGUUAAAAACAGCAUUAGAAUUGUCCUUCUUGUUUUUAUAUCUGAUUUUCUGACAUUGGGAGUCUGUAUUUGGAGUUAGGAAUGUUUGAUUGUUGAUGUUGAUUUGUAUCUUUGGGCCUAAGGAGGUUUCAUUCGAGGACCUGGAGAGGAGGUGCAGGCAAGCCUAGACAGCCUUUAGGACAGUGGGGCCUGUCCUAAAAACCUAGUUUCAGAUUUCCUUCUUGGACUCCCCUAGCCUUUGAUUUUUCAUCAAAAGGAAACCUGGUUUGGACAUUUUUCUGGACCCAUCUCUGCCUUCAUUAUUUUUCAACAACACACAUCUUUGUUGAAACUUUUAAAACUUCUUUAUAACCAACAUUCUUCAACCUAUUUUUUAUUUAUGUCAAACUAGAAUUGCUAGUCAUUGCUCAGUAAAUGUAACAUCUCUUUGCUUUUCCCAACAAUGAAUGAUCUCUUUAGGGACCCAAGGAUUUCUUUGCCCUAUUUUGAGACUCUUACUCCUGAGUUGAUUAGGCACUUUUAUUUUUAUAAGGCUUCAUGUCUAUGGAUAGUGGUGAAGGCUGUUUAGAGUCUAUUUCUAUAUUGACCUCUGUCCCUGCUGUUGGUUGGAAGGUGUGGUCAGCACAAUGAGUUCUGCCUUUUGUGCUGAGCUUCACUUUGGCAGAGAUUUCAACUCAGUGAUUCAAUUCAUCAUGAAGUACCCUCAAAAGGCAUUCUCCUUCACAAAGCUACUAUCAUGGGUAAAAUACUCAUAUCAGAGUCUUCGAGGGGCUGGUCUGUUAAAUCUGGUCAUCAGGAAAAUAAACCUUAUGCAUAACUUCAGUGUAGUAAUGACCUGGCUUACCUGGUCCAACAGGUAGUAGGGUCUCUAGGGUUUGUGUCCACGCUACUUUAGAUGACUGUAGGUUUCUUACAUAGCAUUCAUUCCCUGACAUCUGACCAUCUGGGCAUUAGUCAGCCAGUGCUUCCCCUUAAUCCACUAGUGUCAAUAAUCCGUGUGACAUAUGGACUUCUAGUUCUUAUCCCCAAAUCAUUUUGUCAGCCUCUGACACUAAAGGGACCAUGCCCAUGCGUGGACCAAGGCAGGGUGACCAGCCUUGGGAAAUGAAAUCAAGUUUCUAGGAGAGGUGUGUCAUUGGAUAAGAACUGUCAAGAUCAUGGUGUCUCUUCACAGCAAUAGAAACCUUAACUAAGAGAGUUAGUUUAACUGAUUUUGUAAACUUUAGUAUGUAAUUUUAAAAGCUUUCAUGUGAAUGGAGAAGAAAAACUUUAAAUCAUCACUUCAGAUAUCACAACACAGAAAAGAAUUGUCUUUAACAAGCUGGCAUAUUCUACAGCUAGAAAACACCAUAAAGGUGUGCUCGUGGCAUAUGUGAUUUCAUUUAAAAUCCCUAGUCACAGGGGUCUUGUUGUUUUGUAGAACACAGAGUUUUCACUUUUCCUUUUGUUUAUCUCAGUGGACUUAGGAAAAAGUAUUUUCUCAGUGGAUAAUUUAAAAUUCAGUGUAAAAUAUGGAUUACCCAGAGUCCAGGGAUAAUGCUAUGUCUGGCGUGGGAUAUCUGAGGGGGAAAAAACUAUAUACACUAUGCUAUUAUGUCUGUUAACUUUAUUCCUCUAAGACAAAAUUCUAUCUUUAUGGCUGUAGCUUUGUCAGGCAUUCAGGGCAGGAAUAAAUCUAGAUACACCAAGGUCUUUAUCCAUCUCCUUUAUUUCUCUGGGAUGAAAUCCUGUCUACAUAGCUUCAGUUCUGUCCUGAAACUCAGAUUUCUUAUAGUCAUGCUAACAAAUAAGCUCAUAUGCGUCCAGCCUCAUCCUUGUCCUCUGUUUCUUCUCCCUCCAUCUCUACUUGCUCUCUACUCCUGGCUCUGAUGAAUUCUACAAGAAUUCUGCCUUACUGUCUACAAAACCUCUGUGUUCUUCCCUUCUCCCUGGUCAUGCUGUUCUGUCCAUCCACCUCUACAGAAAAUGCCUGUUCCUUCUUCUGAUCACAGGGUACUCUGCCUCCUCAGGAAUGUUGCUCCACCCUACCUUCCACCUUGAUAUGUAAAAACCUCUUUUGUUCUCAGUCAAUUGCUCUGGAGAGCCACUAGGCCUCAAGGUAAGGGGAUGGUCCAAGCUUCGUUAGCACAAGAAACAAAGCUAUGGGUCUCUGCCAGCUUGUCUUUGCCUAUGUGACUUUAUCCAAGUACUGGCUGGAACAGGGAAGUUCACACACACAUUCUAUGGGAAUUGUGAGCACAAGAAAUUCAUAACAAGGCACAGCUGAAUAUUAAGCUGUGUAACACCAAAUAGUUCAUGCUAGAUGGCUUCCCACUUGACUGACCUUGGCCUGGUCAAGGUAUAGCUUUGAUAUACAGCUGGACUCCUUAUAACAUAUUCUUGUAUCUCACCACAAUAAAAUGUUGCUGUGUUCCUUCCA